AUGUGGUUUAAUCGAGCAAGCACAUUAACCCUCUUUAGAGCCGCGGCAAUCCCCACUGGUGAUCACACCGCUGAUGCAUCGUCACCGCCAACGUCAUCGGCCAACACCUCAAUCAUCUCUUCCGCAGCCCCAGUGACGGCGACGACAACGACUACCACCUGUCUCACUCCUACCACUGGCGAGGAGCCUCCUGACAUCCUGGUGCUCACAUCAAUAAUGCAGACCCGAUCCAACACCUCCUCCAUCGAGAUCGCACCUUCACAUCAUGCACUGGUCUGGUCAGUCACCUGUAAAUUCAUUGCUUUGAGUCCGGCGAAGCCGCGUCGGACGCCCGACCCACCUCUCUGCACUGAUUAUGCCCAUUCAGUUACCGAAUGA